UCCAGCCAGCAGCGGUGCACAUUUACAGCGCAGAGAUCGCGCUGAGCUGCCGAGACUCGACCGAACGUGAAACGUUACGAGCAUAUACAUAGGUAUACAUAGGCACAAGUGCGCGCGGACUCUGGCCUUUCCGCGCAGUCUGUGUACUCUCUCUGCAGUGCACCGCCUCUCUCAGCCUAUGUAAUAAACGUUAUGUACUGCAUUUAAGCCUGUAUAACGAUAUAGUGCAUCCAAGUGAGUGUGUAUACUGUGUAUGUGUGCCUGUAACGCAGUGCUUUUACAGUGGUGCACCAAGCAAUCUUUACUCUCUCUCUCUCAUACGUCAGUGCCAGUGUGUAUGUUAUAUAUUAUUUACCGUGAGUGUCUUGCGGAGAUAUUUUCUCUCCCUCAUACAAAGUGCAACACUUGAAUGGUGUUAGAAUAGAACAACAAGUGGCGAAUUGUCGUUAAUUACUGUUAACCGCACCGACGGCCGUUAACUCGCUCUCGGCUUGCAGUCGUGCGUGUUAAUAAGUGUGCAUAUGCCAAUCAGUCGGACGACCUUAAAUCUUGCCGCAGUUCAGCGCCCGUCAGUGUCUGUAUACUACGGCUCGUGUCUUAUCGAGUGCGCUCACGUAUAUAGGGGGGAAAAGAGUGGCUGCUGUGCCGCCUGCGCGCACCCGCAACGGCUACACUACCUAAGGGAGAAAUUUCUGCAUGGCGAAUCGUUCUCCGUUGUCUAGCAGACAUGCAGCUAGAUACAGCUGCUGCUGAUGCCGCUGACGACUCCAUUUUACGCGGAACUCGCAGCAGCGUUACACGGCCAAGCUCGUCGACGUCGUCGCCUCUCGGAUGCAACAAAUUUCCGAGAUGGUGAGGCCAUUAGCAGCAUUAUCAAGUCUACCAGAGUCUACGGACACUUAUUGCUGUUUACUUUGUCAGUGCUUUCAUGAACUCUCAGUGGGGUGUUGAUGUAUAAACAGAAUUGCUUUGACAAUUACAUUUGAUCUUUGUACUUCUCAACGUACUGUCCAGUAUUAUCUGCAAUUUCUUCCAUUGUUAUUCAUUUAUUGAAACUGUACUUCAAUAAAUUUCCACAAUGAUUAUUCCAAUAAUAAUGUUGCUGACUCUUAGUCAUGGAGCCAUAUCAACAUUAUCAGCUUCCACAGCGGUAUCAUCUUCCACGUUAAGCUGUGACUCUGUGAGACCUUAUUUUAUGUCAAAGGGCUUCCAGAGCAAUGACAUUCCUAAAGGGCCUGUUUCCUCUCGCGAAUUAAAAACUUGCGGAGGGAUCAGAAAUGGUGGUGAAGUUUGCUGCUCUCCUGACAUGGAGACUCGCUUACAAACAUGGGCCACUAAUAAUUUCAACAAAGCAACCAAGGAUACUCUGUUGAGAUUGCAAAAUAUCUUUCACAACAGGGCCACCAAAGUUCAUGACUUUUUCAAUAAUUUGUUGAAAAUGAGUAAAAAGAACUUUCAUGAAAUGUUCAAAAAGACCUAUGGUAUACUUUAUGAACAAAAUUCUUAUGUAUUUUUAGAUCUAUUCCGAGAAUUAGAAAAAUAUUAUGUUAAGGGUGCAGUAGAUUUGGAUGACAUUAUGGAUUCAUUUUUCAAUACCCUGUAUCAAAAAAUGUUUACAGUUCUAAACAGUCAGUACAAAUUUGAUAAUAAGUACCUGGAAUGCGUGGGUAAUCUCAUGAAAGAGAUGAAGCCUUUCGGCGACGUGCCGCAAAAGUUGGGAGUGCAAAUCAAGCGCUCGUUCAUCGCGACUAGAGCUUUCAGUCAAGCUCUUCAAGUGGCUUCAGACGUACUCAAGAACAUGCAAGAGCUGAAGACAUCAAACGACUGCGCUCAAGCCCUCACGCGCAUGACCGCCUGUCCGUCUUGCAGCGGCGUAUCGAGCAACAUUCUGGCCUGCAACGACAUGUGCGAGAACGUGAUGAAAGGCUGCCUGGCACAGCACGCCGCGCUCGACGUCGACUGGAAUCACUUCGUCGAAGCCGUCGACAAGAUCGCCGAUCGAUUGCUCGGGCCCUUCAACAUCGAGAUGCUCGUCCGGCCGAUCAACUUGAAGAUUUCCGAGGCCAUCAUGAACUUCCAGGAGAGCAGCAGCGACGUGUCGCAGCGCGUAUUCAAGGGCUGCGGCCGACCGGUGCUGGGCCGACGGCGUCGACGGAGCCGUCCACAGGGCCCCCGGGACGAGCACGAGAUCGACGAUCUGCGAUCGCUGAGCUUCGAGGAAGAGGACGAGCCGGUCGCGAGAGCCUCGAAAUCUCGAGGAAGGGACCGAGGCGAGGAGCGCUCUUCGAGUGCCGUUGCCCUCGACAAGCUCGUAAAGGAGAUCAAGCAGCGCAUCCGUGACUCACGCCAGUUCUGGCUCUAUUUGCCUUACAAGCUCUGCAACGACGGCUUGGCCUCGACUCCGAGUAACACGAAUCAUUGUUGGAACGGAACACACAUCGACAAGUACAUAUAUCCGGUCUCGCCCAACGGCGAAACGCAAAACAUGAAUCCGGAGGUGCAGGCCAAAGGUCCGCGCACGGCCAUUGUGAAGGAGCAAAUGUUCGCGCUGGGCAGCAUCACCAAUCGGCUGCGCCUGGCUUUCAAUGGCAACGACGUCGACUGGAUCGACAACGAGGACAGCUGGCGCGAGACCUCGGGCAGUGGCUCGGGCGCCGGCGGCAUCGAGACAAUAAGCGAGGAGGACGAGGACGAGGACGACAGGGAAGACGACCUGGUGGCGGUGGUGGCCGGACGCGACGACGGAAGCGGCUCCGGCAACGUCGCUACGACGGCCAAGUCACGCGAGGAGAGCGAGCUCGAGGCUACUUCGGCGGCGCCCAGACUGACGCCGGCGCCCACAACGCCCAUGACGACGGAACCCACGCGACCCGAAAUAAUCGUCACGGUGCCGACCGAUCACGGCGUGGGCAGUAGCAGCAGCGGCGGCGGCAGCAAUAACAGCAGCAGCGAAAACAACGUCGUACCGCAUGUGAUCCUCGUCGGAUCGUCGGCAACGCACUGCGAGCUGUCCUUUACGAUAUUGCUCGCGUGGCUCGCCGUGGCCGUUUACAUGAGCCGCGGACAGGUGUAACGAUCCACCAUGCUUGUUACGUGUCAUUAUCAUUAAAAUUAUAACAAUUAUUAUGAUCAUUAUCAUUAUUAUUAGAACCGUAACGCGUAUUUAAUUCCGAGAACAUUACUCUAUCAUUUGUAAAUAGUUAAAUAAUUUGACGAAAUAUUUGCUAGCGAGCCUUGUGAUACCUCGCUUUAUUCGACGUUUCGUAGUAGUCGUAAUUAUAUCAAUUUAAUCAUUUCUGUAUUAACGAUACAUUUAUCAUGGGGUUCAAGUAUUUAUUCAAUUUAGUAAGUAGGAAUUUUUGUAUGUUCAUACAAGUGAUACGAACCGAGUCUAAAAAAGCUCUUUUGUAGAUUUAUUUUUAUUUUUUUAUUUAAUUUUUUUUUUAAUUACUCGAUAUGUGUCGUGUUUAAUAAAUGUUUCGAUAGUAAUGUCUUGAUUUGUGAAAACAAAUUAUAAUAUAUGUGUACCUGUGAAAAUUGACGAUUUUUUGUACGAAAAAUAACGUUCUAUAUAUUGUCGAUAAAAAUUAAUAU